GUGUGUGUGUGUGAGUGUGUGUGUGUGUACACCAGUGUGCUGCAGCACCUGUGGUAGAGGCAGAUGUAAAUUACAGAAAGUCAGCUCUCUCCUUCCACUGUGUGUGUUUCAAGGAUUGAACUCAGGUCCCCGGGCCUGUACCUGCCAAGGCAUUUGCAGGCCACGGGCAGGGUCUCUUGUUUCUGCCACACUAAGAGGUCAGGCUAGCUGGUAUGGAGUCUUCUUGCCGGCUUCAAUAUGGCACUUUGCUUUUAUUGUGAGAAUCAAUAAAUGGUUUUCUUUUUUUGUUGUAUCUGUAGGUUGUAUGGGUGGUGAAUAUCCAAGGACACAGCAUUGGCUAUGAGUUAAAUCCAGUGUUUCUCAAACCUAGCUUCUGGUGCACUCAAGAAAACAGCUUUUCCAGUUUUACUUACCCUUUGCUUCCAAUUAGUGUGUGUGUGUGUGUGUGUGUGUGUGUGUGUGUGUGUGUGUGUGUGCAUGUUUGGAAGAAGAAGAGUAAUUAUGGCACAAAUACAGGAGUCACAUACGUCAGGUGUCAGUACUACCACUGAGCCAGGCUCCCAGCCCUUCACUGGGGGAUUCUAGGCAGGUUGUGGUUUGACUGAGAAUGCCCCCAUAGCUCAUAUAUUUGAAUGCUUAGUCUUCAGGGAGUGGAACUCCUUGAAAGGAUUUAAAAGGUGAGCAGGCGUGGCCUUCUUGGAAAAAGUCUAUCACUGGGUAUGAGCAUCAAGAUUUUAAAAGCACAUGUGAGUCCAUUUCUCUUUCUCUGCCUCUCUGCAUAUGGAUCAGGAUCUAAGUCUCAGCUACUUCUUCAGCAUCAUGCCUGCCUGCUGCCAUGUUCCUGCUCUGAUAAAGGACUAAACCUCUGAAAGUGUAAGCCAGCCCCCAGUUAAAUGCUUCCUUUGGUAAGAGUUGCUUGGACUUGUGGUAUCUCUUCAAAGCAAUAGAACAGUGACCAAGACAGGAGUUGGUACCAGGGACUGGAGUAUUGCUGUGACAAGCCUGACCAUGCUGUUUGUUGAAGGAAUAUGGAAGACUUUAGGACUUUCCACUACAAAAUUAUUAAGUGCUUUUUGAUUAGUAGAGCUUAGUGGGUCAUCCUAGGAGGAGAAUGCAAGACAAGGGCAAUUUGAGCUGGGGGUGGGGGGCAGCUCAAGAAGUUUCAGAGGCAAACAGUACAUGGCCUAAACCAUUCUAGUCAUAUACUGAGGAAAAAAAGUGGGUGAUUUUUGUCCUCAUCCUAAAAAUCUGCCUGAAGCUAAGUUGAUGAGUUUUGUAUUACUGGCAUAAGCAGGGGAGAUUUCCAGACAGCCUUGUGUUGACUGUGUCUUGUGGUUAUUAGCAGUCGCUCUCAUGGAGAUCCAGCAUGAGGAGGAGCAAGCCAGACAGAAAGAACUAUGCAGUGUGGAGUGUGAGGAGAAAAGAAGCACCGUGAAGGCUUAAGGAAAAGCCUGAUUCUGAAUGCUAUAAAGGGAGUGCUGACCUCAGGGCAACACCCCACCCAGCGAAGCCUCCAGCCUGUGAGAAGGAAGAGGAAAAGCUUCAGCAUGAGGGAGGCCAUCAGUUCCAGCUUCAGCAUGAGGGAGGCCAUCAGUUCCAGCUUCAGCAUGAGGGAGGCCAUCAGUACAGCUUCAGCAUGAGGGAGGCCAUCAGUUCCAGCUUCAGCACGAGGAAGGCCAUCAGUUCCAGAAAGAUAGUGGACAUAGAAUCGGAUGGGGCCAAGGUCCAGACCAUCGAGCAGCAGAACAUGCCAGCUUUGGCCACUUGGUUCUGGCUUUAGAGUCAAGGAUACAAGAAACACUUGGUUCUGGCUUUAGAGUCAAGGAUACAAGAAAAGGGUUCUUGAGCCUCCCUUAGUAAUGAAGGAAAUGCCCUGAAGGCAGUUGUAGUAUAGGAGAGUUCCUGCAUAGUGGCCAAGAGAGGGCAUUGAGUGAAGCUGUGAACCUGGAUUAUGUCGGAGACCACAAGAUGUUGAAGAUGCCAGAACUAUGGGAUCCCAGCUGCAGAGAGCUGCAGACUGAGGUGAAACCAGCCUGAGAGAGACAAGUGUGUUACAGCCAACAUAGCCGAAAGAGUAAAGCAUCUGAAGAGUGCUUUGACAUCAGCAUGGAGAUGCAGAGUUUGGCCUCCACCUUUGGUUUUUAGUCUUGCUAUGGUCCAGUGUUUCCUCACUAUACUGCCUUCCCAUUAAGAAAUGGUAAAGUAUAUUUUAUGCCAUAACACAUUGGAUUAUGUGGUCUGCUUUUUGAUUUUGAUUUUACAGGGAAUUACAAUGAAGAGAUUGUCAUGAGUAUCAUAAAAGUUUGACAUUUAGAUUUUUAAAAAAUAUUGGGAUUGCAAUAGAUGGUGGGGACUUUUGAAGUUGGGCUGAACGCAUUUGGCAUUAUGAUAUGGGCAAAGGCUUAUCGAGACAGGUAGCAGAGUGUGAUGGUUUGACUAACAGUGGCCCCCAUACAUCUAUGUAUUUGAAUGAUUGGAAAUAGCAGGGAGCCAUGCUUUCUGCCAUGUUAAUGGACUAAGCCUCUGAAACAAGCUUUGAUCAUGGUGUCUCUUCAUAGCAGUAGAAUAGUGACCCAGACACCCUGUGCUCUACCAUCACUCCCACAGCCUGUGACUGGAGGAUUCUAUUCAGGGACUCUGCCUCUGCUGCUGAAUCAGGCUCCUAUAGCUGAGCAGUUGAAGUUUUAGCUUUUAUAAUAUAAUAUAAAAUGAGACUUCAGUGUUCUUAAAAAGGACCCACAGCUGGGCAUGGUGGUGCUUACCUCUUAUCCCAGCACCCGGGAGCGAGAGACAAAGGGAUCUCUCAGUUUGAGGCCAGCCUGAUCUACAAACAGAAUUCCAGGAGAUCCAGGGCUACGCAGAGAAACUGCCUCGGGGAAAAAACAAAACAAAACAAAACAGAACAGAAAUAAAAAAGUAUCCAUAGAUGUCUUACAUGGCAUUUCAAAAAUAAAGAAACCGAAAAGCACCCCCGGUGAGCGAGCUCCCAAAAAGCGAUUUCUAAGGCUCACAUGCCAGUUAAAAGAGCUUGGAACAUAUGGAGGCUUUAGUAGUCUGGGGAAUGUAGUCCCGGAAAAAGCACAGAGCUAGGCGCUUCCGCUGACGCAUUCUGGGAAUUGUAGUUCCAGCGCCAGUGACGGCUGAGGUGACUUCCGCUGCCGCAAGGCCAGGCUCCCUGGCAGUACUUCUGAUGAGGUGACAUCCUGCAGCGUUCCGCGACCCUUCUGUGUGCUGGUGUUUCGGUGUGUCUUCUCGGGGACCGAGUCUGCAUCUCCGGGGAGAAGAGGGGCACCGCUGGCGUCGGCCGGUCCUCUCUAGCUGGGCUCUGCUUGAGACGGCGCUGCCCAGGAUUCCUGGACCCGUCUCAGCUGCUUGUGGAGCCCUGGAGAGAGUCUAGCUUCCCACGGGAGUCUGUCAGAGGAACGGUGAUGGCAGAUAGCAGUGUCCUAAAGCCUUAAGUGCUUGCUUCCCAGAGCCCUGCCUUGUCUCAAAGAGAAGAGAACAAUGACCAAGUUACAGGAGGCAGUGACGUUCAGGGAUGUGGCCGUAGUCUUCAGUGAAGAGGAGAUGGGGCUGCUGGACGCUGCCCAGAGGAAGCUGUACCAUGAUGUGAUGCUGGAGAACUUCCUGAACCUCCUGGCAGUGGGAAGUCAGAGUCCAAACAAGGUGGACACUCUUGACUCAACAGGAUUAAGGCACCUUUCACUGGGGUGGCUUCCAUGCUGGCAUAUGACAGGCCAUGAUGUCAAGAAACUGGCCAGCACUCCAGAUGUUGUAGUAAACAUUCAAGGAAAGAGUUCUCACUUCCUGGAGCAAUGUCACUCCUCCUGCCAUGGCGGAACAGAAGAGCCUCUCCAGGUCUCCGAGGAUAAUGGCUGUCUGGAGAGUCUCACAAGCGAUCAUUCCAGCAUUACCGAAAAUCAGGAAUUUCUGUCUGGGAGGGCUCAGAGUUCUUGGAGUAAAACAGACUUUAGUGAGAGAUGGAACCAUGAGAAACGCUGUACUCAGACUCUGGUGAAAACUAAGUCUCAGCUGUUGGCUCUGGGUGUUGACAUUCUGAAUUGCAUUUCCCAUCAAGAUAACAAUAUACUGCAUAAAAGAGACAAAGUCCCCAGCAGUGGUGACUGUGAUCAAGUCAUCUUCCCUAUGGCAUGUCUCACCCAGUCUCCUGUUUACACAGAACAGAAGGCCUACCAGUGCAACACAGGCCAAGACGCCUUCAUUGACAGCCCCAGUCAGGAGACUCAGCAGGUCCUCUUAGGAAAUAAGUCCCCUGUACAUGGUACAUAUGAGGACACUAGUUAUACCUCCAGUGUCAUUCAACAAAGUGUCCAUCCAGGAAGAAAGCGCUACUGGUGUCAAGAGUGUGGCAAGGCUUUCAGUCAGAGCUCAAAUCUGCAGACUCACCAGAGAGUGCACACGGGGGAGAAACCCUAUACCUGCCCUGAGUGUGGGAAGAGCUUUAACCAGAGCUCACACCUGUAUGCUCACCUGCCCAUCCACACAGGCGAGAAGCCCUACUGCUGCGACAACUGUGGGAAGGGCUUCAGCCGAAGCACAGAUCUCAACAUUCACUGCCGAGUGCACACUGGAGAGAAACCUUACAAGUGUGAGGUGUGUGGGAAGGGCUUCACACAGAGGUCACACCUCCAGGCCCAUGAGAGAAUUCACACAGGAGAGAAGCCAUAUAAGUGUGGAGACUGUGGCAAAUGCUUCAGCUGUAGCUCAAACCUUCACACCCACCAGAGAGUCCACACUGAAGAGAAACCGUACAAGUGUGACGAGUGUGGGAAGCGCUUCAGCUUGAGCUUCAACCUCCACAGCCAUCAGCGGGUCCACACAGGAGAGAAGCCAUAUAAAUGUGAAGAGUGUGGGAAGGGUUUCAGUUCAGCCUCAAGCUUCCAAAGCCACCAGAGGGUCCAUACAGGAGAGAAGCCAUUUUGCUGCAGUGUCUGUGGGAAGGGCUUCAGUCAGAGCUCCUAUUUUCAAGCCCAUCAGAGAGUUCACACUGGGGAAAAACCAUACAGAUGUGAUGUGUGUGGGAAGCGCUUCAACUGGAGUUUGAACCUCCACAAUCACCAGAGAGUCCACACUGGAGAGAGACCAUAUAAAUGUGAGGAGUGUGGAAAAGGCUUCAGUCAGGCCUCCAAUCUGCAGGCCCAUCAGAGUGUCCACACUGGUGAGAAGCCAUUCAGAUGCAAUGCGUGCCAGAAGCGAUUCAGUCAGGCCUCGCACCUCCAGGCCCAUCAGAGAGUGCACACAGGGGAGAGGCCCUACAAAUGUGACACAUGUGGGAAAGCCUUCAGCCAGAGAUCCAAUCUCCAAGUUCAUCAGAUAAUUCACACCGGGGAGAAGCCGUUCAAGUGUGAGGAGUGUGGGAAGGAAUUCAGCUGGAGUGCAGGACUUACUGCUCACCAGAGGGUCCACACAGGAGAGAAACCCUACACGUGUCAGCAGUGUGGGAAGGGCUUCAGUCAGGCCUCACACUUCCACACUCACCAGAGGGUCCACACUGGGGAAAGGCCCUACAUCUGCAGCAUUUGCUCUAAGGGCUUCAGUCAGAGAUCACAUCUGGUCUACCACCAGAGAGUCCACAGUGCAGGGAAUCCCUAGGUUUGUUCUAUUAGGUGGGCUCCACGCUGCUUUCCUCAAACCCAGAGGCUUCAGGAGACUUCACCGGGAUUAUCUCUUUUCUUUGGGAGAUCUUUUUUUUUUUUCUUUUUGUUUUUUAUUUUAUUUAUUUUAAUUUUUUUAAGACCAGAUUUCUUUGGCUGUCAUGGAACUUGCUCUGUAGACCUGGCUAGCCUUGAACUCACAGAGAUCCACCUGCUUUCGACUCCUGAGUGCUGGGAUUAAAGGUGUGUGCCCAGCUGGGAGAUCAGUUCUUUAUAAAUGUCAGAAAUUACGUAUAAGAAGAUCAUUGCUCUAUAAAUGUACUGUUACCAUGUACAAGAGUUCUAAGGUUGCCACCCUCAGGAUAUGACGGAGCAGGAAAUCUCAGCAUCCAUCCAAGUCUCCAGAAAGGCUGCAGGAAGUGCUUUAACCACAGCUGGUGAUUGGCAGAACCGCCGUUGACUGAAGCAUCACUUCCUCAUAGGAAGCUCCUCUCUGUAUCUGCUGUGCAGAGCUGCAUGUGGCUCAGGACCCAGCCAUUCCUGGAGCAAGUUAGAAAAGCCCCUGCAAGUAAGGCUCAAAUUCGAAAACACUUGUCAACCCUCAACCCUGCAUUCAUAUUGAGUCGUAUUCCCCAGUAAUCGUGUAAGGGACCAUUAGUCAGCUCCCUUGAGGCAUAGUGCUACCCAGUCAAGGCUGCAGUGUGUGACCUGCCUCUCUAGCAUGGUGCUUUGCAUGGCAAUAGCAACUCUGUACUGGAUGAGUUUUAGUAUUUGUACUUAAUAGACUAAAACCAUGCUCUGUUUGAAAAUUCCAUAUUUAUCAACCCAAUAAGGUGAACUGAAACUUAUGCGAUUGGAAUUUUGGGCCCUGAAUUCAUUGAGGAAAGAGCUUUUUAUUGUAAUCACUACUGCAAAUGUUUUUGCAAAGUAUUUGCUGAUGACAUAAAGGUUCUUAAUAAACUUGAAUUAUUAAUGA